AUGCACUUUUUUCUAUUAUUUUUGAAAGACAAAAAAUAUGAUUGUAUAUCACGUCAAUCUUAUAUUUAUUUGAGCGAUAUUGCUUUUUGUUAUAUACAAUAUAUACCUUUUAUUAUACAAUCCAAUAUUGACCUUUAUUUGCUAAAAUUUGCUUACUCCCCUCCGUGAGCGAACAAACCAUUAGAAAAAAUCCCUAUUUUUUUGCCCAAAAACCCACUUUAUGAAAAAAAAAUUGAUAUAUAA